AUUGGUACUUUAGAGGGAAUGAACAGUGAACGUGAACGGACGAACGUAUGAGUGCUAGCAUUGCGUCUAGUAGUAAUAAACAAAUUAUUUUCGACAUGUUAGUAGAGAAGAUAUCGAAAUAUGUAAAUGACGCGAGUCAGGUUUACAAGGCAUUAAACGGAGUAUUGUUGAUAUACAAGCCUCCACUAAUGUACUUCAAUACUAUGAGAGAUACUGUAAUCCAAAACUUAUGCAGAGAUUUAAAUGAUUUGAAAGUACGACCACCGAUGAAAUACAUAGCUAUAGAGGGUCAAGUAAAUAAACAGAUGAAACUUGUCGUUCGCGAUAGUUUUGCUGACCAUCCGUUAGUUGUAGGCCCUCGUUAUCAACCAAAUGACUUCAGAUUAGGUGCUACGAAAAUCAUGCGUCCAGAUGUGUCUGGUAUAUUAGUUUGCGGACUUAACAAGGGUAAUCGGAUGAUCCACAAAUUGAAGGAAUCCAAAUGUUUAAGGUUUUAUAGAGUAAAGGGAUUGUUAGGGCAAGCAACAGAUACUUAUUUUCAUACUGGAAAAAUAGUAGAGAAGUCUGCAUUUCAGCAUGUAAGACGUGGUCAUCUCGAUAAAAUAUGCAGCUCAAUGCAAUCUUCCCAUCAAAGGAAAAUGUUUGACCUUUGUGGGGUUGACAUUCAAAGUCAAGCUGCAUACGAAUUAGCACUUAGAGGUCCAAUUAGACCAGCAAAUUCCAAUAUUCCUAUGAUAUAUACGAUUAAAUGUGUAGACUUUUCACCUCCAGAAUUUACGCUAGAGAUUGUAUGCACAAAUGAGUAUGAUAUGUAUCUGAAAACUAUAAUUCACGAUUUAGGGAUGCAGCUUCGUAGUUGCGCUACCUGCACGCAAAUACUUUGUGUGCAGGAUGGUUUGUUUAAUAUAAAGCACGCGUUGUUGCAAAAGCAUUGGACUUUAGAAGAAAUCGUUAGUAAUGUGCAAUUUUGCAGACAGGUCAUUGAACAAAAUGAAGAUGUAUUGCUUCAAGAUGUUCCCGAACUAAAAGAACCUGUCGACAGCGAAGAUCCUAUCAUUGAGCACGCUUAAAUAAAUAUAUUAAACCAAU